AUGGAAAGCCUGAGAGCCCCUGACCCGCGGGCAGGAAGCUCCACGCGACUCGGGCACAAGUUUCACGCCCCCCUCCCAGCGGCCACGGGGAAUGGAGGGCGUGGGGACAGCGCAGGGCUGAGGGCCCGGGCUUCGGGGGACCCGGGACUCGGCCUUUAUGGCAACCGGCGGCUCUCAGCCCCCGGGGCGCCUGUGUCCCGUCCCGGCUCCCGUCCUCGAGCUCCGUCUCCUCAGACCCUGCCUGUCCCCUCCCGGCUCCCGUCGCUUCAGCACGGCUCCUGGAAAGCGGCGGGAGCGGAGAGGAGAGGCACCAGGCUCCGGACGUCCGUCCCGGCUCGCGCUCCUCGUCGCCUCACCUGCCGCCCGGGCUCCGACGGUGGAGGCGGAGGCCGUAGCUAUCCCCGCUACAGCAGCCAGCUUCUGCCAGACGCGCCAGCUCAUGAAGGCGGACCCCGAGGAACGAGUUGCGCGGCCCCGCCCCCUCUUGCGUCAUCCCCACGCGCCGUUGCGAGGCGACGCGGACGCGGCGCUCGCGACCUUAUGCCCCCGGUGUGCGAGCCUCCCUGCUGCGUAGCCCCCGAGGCCGCCCCUCCCGUUUCGGUGGCGCUCCGAGCGUCUCCCGGACGCUUUCCGCACCGCAGCCCCAGGAGCUUCCUACAACAGAAUUUAGUGAAGAUUAGUUUUCCCACUUCACAUCACCUGCAUACGUCCUCCAUCCAGCUCAACUCCAACCGGGCUUCCCUCACUCGAGUGCAUAGGAAGGCUUAUGCUCGACUGUAUCCAGUGAUGUUGGUCAAGCAAGAUGGAUCUACCAUUCAUAUCAGAUAUAAGGAGCCUCGGCGGAUCCUUACAAUGCCAGUAGAUAUUGACACACUGUCGCCAGAGGAAAGAAAGAUUAGACUACGCAAACGGAAUCCCAAGUAUGUUGAAGUGGGAAAAGAAGAGGCAGAAUUUGGAGAUGACUUCAGUGUAGAACAAUACGCAAAAUUUUGGAAGAAAAACUGAACAUGUUACGAUGUUAAGAUUGUAUAAAGGGUGAGUGCAUUUAAUGCACCCAAAUAUAUUACUAUUUUUAAAAAUUAAAAACUACAAAACCUUA